GCCUACAUUUCUCGAGGAAACGCACUUAUUCCUACUAAACAUUAUUUUCUUAUUUUCCAGGAAACGACGACACGCGUGUCAUUGAUAUGGACAUAAGUGACGAUGAGACCACGGUUGAAGCAGGCUAUGUGGACAUCGACCAUUCUCUAGUGCCAAUGGAUGUGGAAGAGAGUGACGACGAGGAGGCUGGACCAUCGGCUGCUGAAAUCCAUAACCCACAGCCACGACAGUGGUGGGAUCGGCCGCGGGUUCUGGAUGAAGACAGCGAGGAGGAGUCGGUGGAACUGCCCGAGGAGCAGCUUCAGCCCGUGGAGGAGCCUGAGGAGGAGCCACUGACAGGCCCUCAAGACAUGGCCCAAGGAGAGAACUUGGUGCCAGCCCCUCCGCGCCCAGGCGAUCAGCGGCCACGACCUCCCCGCUCUCCACCGCCACCCGCACCUUCACCGCCACCACGGCCAAGAGGUGGAGCGGCGGGACGACGUCGAGGGCGGCGCCCUGGAGGCCAGAACCGACACGCCCCAGUUGAGGUCGAGGUGGUCCGUCGCCAAGGCCCCGGCAGGCCCCCGACCCAUGGCCGCUACACGAGAGCCGCAAGACUCGCCAGAGCAGCCAGAGGAAGGGGGCAAGCCCCACGCCCACAGGCGGCCGAAAUGCCGGGGCGCCAGGAGCCUCCAAACCCGGCCAACAACGGUGACCCAGAUGGUUCCUCGGACGAGUCGUUGCCCGACACGUCGCCGGCGACAAUGACAUUGCAGCCCGUCGUGCUCUGGUCGCGGCGCAGGACCAGGAGUUCGCUGCUCUGCAAGUUGCCGACCGUUUACGGGCAGUCGCUCAGCGUGAGGAAGCAGAAGCGACAGCCCGUCGGCAAGAGGACCUGACAGUCCUCCGCCGCUUCCAGGCCGACGAGCUCCAGCAGAUUCCCCCGGAGGAGUUUGGAGACAUCCGGCUGCGCUUUGUACUGCCGGACGGGGCGAGGCUCGAGCGUCAGUUUUCCUCGGCGAGUGACGUUUCCAUCCUCCACCGAUUUGUUCUGGGCAGCCCGGAAGCGCCAAAUUUCUUCACCCUUCUACAGCGGCACAACCGCCAAGUUCUACCGGCGAGAGGGUGCACCAUCGCGGAGGCUGUUGGCGGUGUGCCGACCAUAAUUCAGGUCGAACUUCGCGAAGAGGAGUCAACGGAGUGCGGCAUUUGCUUGGCCGAAUGGACCGAUGCUGUUUUCCACGGGCAGCUACUGCCGUGCCUGCACCGAUUUUGCCACCGGUGCAUUUUGCGCUGGCUCGCAGGCACGAGGGCCUACUGCCCUACCUGCCGUACUCCAGUCGACCGGGU